AAACUACUUAGUAUUUAAUCCAAGCCGCUAGUCCUACUGGAGCUAGAGGAGAAGUUGAGCAAUGGGUUGAAGGUCACACAGAAAGUCCCAAGAGCACACGCUUGGGCCCCCGGGCCAGCGCCUCCCUCUCUGACAGGCCUGUCGUAUUUGCAACUACCGAGGCCCUCUGCGCCGCAGGCCGGACGAAGGACUGCUACAGCCCACAGGGCGCUACGGCCGCAACCCGUACGUCAUUCCUACGUACCCACGCUAGGCUCGGACUCCGAAAGUUUCCUGAUCAGCUCCCGCCCCUGCCAUUGGCUUUAGCCUUUAGUCACAUGAUUUAUUCGAGCCAAAAAGAGGUGACGGAAGUAACACUUCCGCUUUCUGUGCGUCUAACGAGCCACUGUGCCCGCCUUCCCGUACUCUGAUUGGUUAUCUUUUCUCAACUCGCUAGUUUAUUGGCGAGCGCCGCGAGGCCGCAGUCCAACGGGUCCGACAGUCUGCUGUGUCAGACAGCCUGGCUUCUAUGGCGUCCUAUUUUGAUGAACAUGACUGCGAGCCAUUGGACCAAGAGCAGGAGGUCCGAACGAACAUGCUGCUGGAGCUCGCCAGGUCACUUUUCAAUAGGAUGGACUUUGAAGACUUGGGGUUGGUAGUAGACUGGGAUCACCACCUGCCUCCACCUGCUGCCAAGACUGUGGUUGAGAACCUCCCCAGGACGGUCAUCAGGGGCUCUCAGGCUGAGCUCAAGUGCCCCGUGUGUCUUUUGGAAUUUGAGGAGGAGGAGACUGCUAUUGAGAUGCCUUGCCAUCACCUGUUCCAUUCCAACUGCAUUCUGCCCUGGCUAAGCAAGGCUCGCAAGCAGCAGCAGAAGCACCGACUUGAGAACCUGCACGGAGCCAUGUACACAUGAGGCGGCUGGGGCUCGUGCCCGUCCUCCACAUCUUCCUCUUGCACCUCGAAUCCUCAUUAAAGUUUUCUUUACCCACC